CUUACACCAACUACAUCUUCAAUCACACAUAACUUUUCUACGACUUUAGUGCUUGUAUACUCGAAAAAUGGCAAGAAUGGCAAUGAUGAUCUUAUGUGUAGUGUUGACUUGCAUGGUGGUGGCGACACCCUACACCGAGGCUGCUAUUUCCUGUGGUCAGGUGACAGCCAACUUAGCUGGAUGUCUUAACUACCUAAGAAAUGGUGGUGCUGUGCCACCGGCAUGUUGCAAUGGGGUUAGGUCACUUAAUAGCGCUGCAAAAUCAACCCCUGAUCGUAAGACGGCUUGUAACUGCUUAAAGAAUGCUUCCAAAUCUGUUUCUGGCAUCAAAGCCGCCAAUGCAGCUGGCCUUCCCGGCAAGUGUGGUGUCAACAUCCCUUACCAGAUCAGUCCUAACACUGAUUGCUCCAAGGUGCAGUGAGGUCGAGAUGUGGAUGCAUCUUGCGCAGAAUAAAAGCAUAUAUAUAUUAGAAUAAAUAAAUAUGAGAGCACUACUUUGUAUGAAAUUAAAAGACAUAUAUUAUUGUAUAUGUCUAUGAGUUUUACGGUCUUUUGACUGGUGCCCUUGUAAUAUUUGUAUGUAAUCGCGUAAUCUAUAUGCAUCCUACCCUUAUGUUUUGUCA